GGAAUACACAAAUAAUAACAAUCGAUUGCCGUAAACAUAUGUAUUUAUUUUAUAUUUAAGUUGGUUCGUUUAAAAUUCAAGACCAUUUUUUUUAUUGUGGAACCUAAUUUUAAGAAGAAGUGGAAAAAGUUUUGAAAAAUGCCGCCAACAAGCAUCCUAAAGGAUAUAUCGAAACUAAAGCAUCCAAAUAGUAGAAAAACUAAACAGGCUGCCAAAAAAGCCAAAAGAUUCAAUAAUCGUACGAAAAUCAAGAUAGGCCAUGCGAUCAAAUCGAAUGUGAUGGGUGAAAGAUUUGCCUGGUUCACAGAUAAGUUGGAACAAUUUGGAGAGCAACCGUGCUUAACACCUUCACAAUUCACACAGGUCAUAGAACAAUACUUGAAUCGAUUCAGCGAUGAACUCGAAACAAUCAAUUUGAAACAGUCGAUAUCGAAAAAUCGUACAAAUCAACACGCAAGCCGUUUGGCCGUUAUCAAAAUGAGUAUGGAACGCGAAAAGGGCGAGUUCGAAGGAGCUGGAAUUGAGCUGAUUGAUUUAUGCGACCCCCAAAAAUACAAGCAAUUUAUAUCUUGGGAUGGAGACAGUAUAAAUUUGCAACAUUUUAAACUUGAUCGAAUUGGUCGCAAAUAUUUACAGAAGCUUGAUGAAAGUACUAAAAUGGAUGAAUAAAUCAAGAAAAAAAAAUACACAUUCAACUAUGCGUUUGAAACUGCUUUA